CUUUGCCACGGAAGCAACUUUUCGCCCUGGGCUUCAAGAUUGUGCUUGUGGGAGGAGUUUUGUAUUCGCUGCGACACUUGUUCACGUUCAAGACCACGAUGCAAUGCCUCAUGAUAGUCUCAAUUCUGGCAGAAAUUGCCGGCCGCCUCGGGCUCUUGAAGGACUUGAAACUCCCCUCCCCUCCCUUCCCGAGCUCCCUCUCCACGCCCCGGGCCCUAGCAUCCGUUCGUGGUCCCCCCCUCUUCCAAUUUGAGCUCAUCAACGGGCGGUACCAAGCGGACCGUAUCCGCCUCAGCCUCUUGACGGGCGACACAACGGGCCAAGCCCUGACGGCCGCAGCAGUCUCGCGAAAGGCAGCCCUCACUGCGGCCGUAGCGGCGGCGAUGGGCAACGGAAGCAGCAGCAGCGGCGGCAGCAACCAAGGCCCCCUGUGGACCGAGGCGCGGCAUACCCAAACGUACGGGAUGACUGGCAAGGAGGAGCUCCGGGAGGUGGGAAACGCCUCGUCUUCGUCUUCACAGCCCGGGGCCGUGUCGUCUGCCCACAGCCCCCUCAACAGGACCGCCGUCAAUCCCAACGGGACCCAAGGGUCGACUGCGGCCCCCUUGCCCGCCCUGCCGACCCCGCGGCCGCGCGCCUACGUGGUGACGCUGAAAGGCGACAUGUUCCUCUCCCAAGGCGCUUAUUUGACCUCCGUGGUGUCCUUCCUCCUCGAGACCGCUCGGUCCGGACCGGGGGGGGACGAACUGGUGCUCCUGCUCGAGUCUGGGGGCGGCGCGGCGUACGAGUACGGCCUAAGCGCCGCCCAGUUGGAGAGGCUCCGCCGGGCCGGCAUCCGUCUGACCGUGUGCGUGGACAAAAUCGCGGCGAGCGGGGGUUACAUGCUGGCGGUGGUGGCGGACACGUUGGUGGCAGCCCCUUUCGCCACGAUCGGGUCCAUCGGGGCGACCACCUCGGUGCCUGUCCUGAACGUGGGGGUGGCCUUGAA